GGAGGUGAAAAGAGAAGGAGAGAAAGGGUAUUUUGGUCAGAGAAAAAAAGGCGAAAACAAACUAAGCUAUAUUGCGUUGUUGUAUUGUAUCGAAGUUUGAGGGAGGGAAAAACAAAACGGACAACAGAGAGAAGUUCCUAUUUUUGGAUCAUCAACCAUUGUUACGUUACAUUACAUUACAAAAAAACCUCUCAAAAUGAGCAGUUUCUCCUUCAAAUCCUUAUCCUGGAGGAAAUCCAAAUCCUCCAAAUCGGAUUCAGCUCAUUCCUUUUCGUCGGAGGAACAACGGUUUCGGACGGAAAAUAUGGGAACUCUGAGAGUGCCGGAGACCGUUCCUUCUCCCGCCCAGGACUGUGAUAGGCUCAAGAAAGCUUUUGAUGGAUGGGGAACGGAUGAGAAGGCAUUGAUAAGGAUAUUAGGACAAAGAAAUGCAGCUCAAAGGAAAGCAAUUAGAGAGACUUAUCUCGAGCUAUACAACGAGUCGCUGAUUGAUCGCAUCCACGCUGAACUCUCCGGUGAUUUUAGAAAAGCCGCAAUUUUGUGGGCAUAUGAUCCUGCAGAGAGGGAUGCAAGAUUGGCAAAUGAAGCUUUGAGGUCAUAUAAGAAAGGGGUCCGUGAGCUUCAAGUAUUAGUGGAGAUAGCCUGUGCCACAUCUCCUCACCAUCUGAUGGCUGUAAGACAGGCCUACUGUUCUCUCUUCGAUUGCUCACUUGAAGAAGACAUUUUCUCUACCAUCUCGAUGCCUUUUAGUCAGCUUUUAGUUGGUGUGGUGAGUUCCUUCAGGCAUGAUAAAGAAGUGGUGGACAGUAUCGUUGCUGAUUCAGAAGCUAAUUUAUUACAUGAUGCUAUCAAAGCGAAGCAAUUAAACCGCAGCGGCGUCAUUUGGAUACUCAGCACAAGGAAUUUCUUUCAGCUUAGAGCAACGUUUGCAUGCUAUAGGCAAAAGUAUGGAAACUCUAUUGACCAGGACAUUGUGAAAUGUGGAACUAGUGAUUUAGAAUCGCUCUUCAAAAUGGCAAUUUUGUGCAUUGACACUCCCGAAAAACACUUCGCUAAGGUAAUCAACAAGGCCAUUGUUGGACUUGGAACAGACGAAGAUUCUCUAACCAGAGCCAUUGUAAGUCGAGCUGAGAUAGACACAAUGAAAAUUAGAGAAGCGUAUUCCAACAUGUUCAAAGGCAAGCUUGACGACGAUGUUAUCGGCGACACAUCUGGAGACUACAAGGACAUGUUGAUGAUCUUGCUUGGAGCUAAUGUUUGAUUCUUGCCCUCUUCUUUUUUGCUUCUUCUUACCUUUCUCUUUCUCACUGCAAAUUCCAUGUUUGGUUUUUGGUAUUGAUUGUAGGCCUUUUAAUAAAUAAUCUUGUUCAUCUAUGUGUAUAUAUAUAUAUAUAUAUAUAAGUUUGGAAGAUUGAUUUUUUA